AUGACCACGACCAGCAAGCAGUAUAAGAGCAUUGGCGAGGACCUAUGGAAGAGUCGGCCAGAGAAGAUUAACGCAGAACUAUUCGCGCUUACAUACGGCGCCCUUGUCGUUCAAUUAAUCCAAGAUUAUGAAGACUACGAAGAAGUGAAUAAACAAUUAGAGAAGAUGGGCUACAAUAUUGGGACAAGACUGAUAGAGGACUUCCUUGCGAAGUCGAACUUAGGGAGGUGUUCUGACUUCAAGGAAGUUGGAGAGGUCGUCGCGAAGGUUGGAUUUAAGUCUUUCCUGAACAUAACUCCCACUGUCACCCACGGAGGACCACCCCCCCCAUCGUCGCCAAAUCGGCCAACGAGUACCAAUACGACCAUAUCUCAAGCCUCUGCAGGAUCAUCUUUUACGUUGACCUUGGAUGAAAACCCUCUAGCUGAGUUCGUCGAGCUACCGGAAGAGGUAUUGGAAGGUGGCCUGUGGUUCAGCAAUGUUCUGUGUGGCGUUUUGAGAGGUGCACUAGAAAUGGUUCAAUUACAGGUACAGGCUGAAUUUAUUUCCGAUGUGCUACGAGGAGACGAAAGCACCGAGAUUCGAGUCAAGUUGGUCAAAUACUUAGAGGAGGAAGUACCCGUUGGAGAUGAUUAA